AUGCACAACUCACAAAAACCAAUUAAGAUCAGUUUAAACCCAACAACUAAAUCAAAAAUAAAUAAUGGUACUAAUUUAAAUGUUUUACAAAGUAAUCGUAUACAGAGCGAUUUAAAUGAUGUUUUUUACUCAAAUUCACCAAAUGUUGACACCAAUUUUAUUACAGUCCAACAUAAAACCAAACGAAAUCUUUCUUCUAACUCAAAUGGAAAACCGGAAACAACCAAAAAAAAUAAACCCAUUUUCACAUCUUCAAAUAAAUACGCAGUACUUGCAAACGAAAAUCAAGAAACUGAAAAUUCUGACGAAAUUCUCACUGAUAUCGACUCGGACACCAAAACCAAACAAAAAGACAAACCUCCUCCACCCAUCUUUAUAAGUGGAAUUUUGGAUUUUUCUGCAUUUCGUUCACGUUUAAUAGAAUUAAUCGAUGCUGACAGUUUCUUUGUUAAAUCAAAUGUCAACAACUUAAAAAUUCAAACCAACAACGCGGACUCAUACAGAGCAAUCAUCCAUUUUCUAAAAGAGAGUAAGGCCGAAUAUCACACAUAUCAAGCUCAAGAUGAAAAACCUUUCCGAGUAGUGAUUCGAAACAUCCACCCAUCAACUCCAUUAGCGGAAAUAGGCAUAGCAAUAAAUGAAGUUGGACCUUUCUCAGUCCUUAAUGUAUCCAACGUCUUAAACAAAACCACUAAAAAUAAAUUGCCAAUUUUCUUUAUUGAUUUGGAACCUGCGGAAAUAAACAAAGAAAUUUUUCAUAUCAACUCUUUAUUAAAUACAAAAAUAAAAAUUGAAGAGCCGUAUCAUUAUACAAUGUACAAACUGCCAGGAGUACGGUCACUCCAAAUCAUACUGUGCCCACCCUCCAAGAUGCGCUAA